GCGAGUAUCCGCAGAUUGUCCUGACAUCAACCAACCGGCUAUUUUAUUCCAAGGUCGUGUAUGGGCACGGCUGGACGACAUUUAUAAAUUGCAGUUGUUAGUGCUGCAUUUAACUGGAGACCGGAGCAUCAAACAGUCGAGUAGCAGCUUAUAGUGGCACGUCGACAAACAACGCAAUAGAGCCAUCAACAUGCGAGAGAUCGUUCACCUCCAGGCUGGGCAAUGUGGGAAUCAGAUCGGUGCCAAGUUUUGGGAGGUGAUCAGUGAUGAGCACGGUAUUGAUCCCACUGGCAGCUAUCAUGGUGACAGUGAUCUGCAACUGGAAAGAAUCAACGUUUACUACAAUGAAGCCACUGGUAACAAAUAUGUACCACGGGCUAUCCUUGUGGAUCUGGAGCCUGGCACAAUGGACUCUGUCAGGUCUGGACCUUUUGGACAAAUUUUCAGGCCAGAUAACUUUGUCUUUGGACAAAGUGGCGCUGGUAACAACUGGGCAAAGGGUCACUACACCGAAGGAGCAGAGUUAGUGGACUCAGUGCUGGAUGUGGUACGGAAGGAGUCUGAAAGCUGUGACUGCCUGCAGGGUUUCCAGCUCACCCACUCCCUUGGGGGUGGCACUGGCUCCGGCAUGGGCACCCUCCUCAUCAGCAAGAUCCGAGAGGAGUAUCCCGACCGCAUAAUGAACACCUUCAGCGUCAUGCCAUCCCCCAAGGUGUCGGACACAGUGGUCGAGCCAUACAACGCCACCCUCUCGGUACACCAGUUGGUGGAAAAUACUGAUGAAACAUACUGCAUUGACAACGAAGCCUUAUACGACAUCUGCUUCCGUACGCUGAAGCUCACCACGCCAACCUAUGGGGACCUCAAUCACCUGGUGUCUGCCACCAUGAGCGGCGUCACCACGUGUCUCAGGUUCCCUGGCCAGCUGAACGCAGAUCUCCGCAAACUGGCCGUCAACAUGGUGCCUUUCCCCCGCCUUCACUUCUUCAUGCCUGGUUUUGCUCCUCUGACCAGCCGUGGCAGUCAGCUGUACCGUGCCUUGACCGUGCCUGAGCUGACCCAACAAAUGUUUGAUGCCAAAAACAUGAUGGCUGCAUGCGACCCUCGCCAUGGCAGAUACCUGACUGUGGCUGCCAUUUUCCGUGGCCGCAUGUCCAUGAAAGAGGUGGACGAGCAGAUGCUCAAUGUCCAGAACAAGAACAGCAGCUACUUUGUGGAAUGGAUCCCCAACAACGUCAAGACCGCCGUCUGUGACAUCCCACCUAGAGGCCUCAAAAUGUCCGCCACCUUCAUCGGCAACAGCACCGCCAUUCAGGAGCUGUUCAAGAGAAUCUCAGAGCAGUUUACGGCCAUGUUCCGGCGCAAGGCUUUCUUGCACUGGUACACUGGUGAAGGUAUGGAUGAAAUGGAAUUCACAGAAGCUGAGAGCAACAUGAAUGAUUUGGUCUCAGAGUACCAGCAAUACCAAGAUGCUACUGCAGAUGAGCAGGGCGAGUUUGAGGAUGAGGAAGGUGAAGAUGAGGCAUAAUUGUCCUUUACUGCCAACAACAGGCAUGUCAAUUACAGUAACCAAAAGCACAUAAUUUUAAGCCAUGCCUUUAAACAGGCAUGAUGAUGCAUGCUUUAUUGUUCUUGUUGUUUUUAUUUUAUUAUACUAAUCUAAGCAAUGUGAAAGUCAUGCCCUGUAACACACACACACACACACACACACACACACACACACACACAAAAGUUUGUUAUUUAAUAUAUGUAAACCAUUAAAAGCUUUAUAUGCUCCAUGGACUGUUUUGUUUUUCUGCAUUGUUUUUGUUAAAUUAAGAAGUGUGCUUGAGUAUUUAUCACUGGAUUUUAUCCUUAGCCCACAGUAAAUUCAGAAUAAAAGUUAAUAAAGGGCAAGUAUGUAUCAUUAUCAAAUUGUUCACAGACCAUGCUCGCCGUUCUGUAUGUACCUGAACUGAAGAACAGCUCCUAUAAGUAGGUAAUUUUUUUGUUUUAAUUAUUUGGCAAGUGGAAAUACCCAAGAACCAUCCACUGUUGGCAUGAAGCCAGAAAGAAUGCUACCAGAUCUCAUGGAAUUUUGAGCAAACUGCACUACCCACGGAAUAAUGAGGAAAAUGUUUAUUCAUUAGCAACAAAAACUAGUGCUGGAAAUGGAAAUGUUAUUUUUUUUAAUGUCUUCAUUUUCUAUUAGCAAUAGUAUCCUCAUAAGGCCCUUAUUGUUAUGUUAUGUUAAAUGCUUUGGAUAUUUAACAACACGAGGUGGGCCUUACUAGACAAUAACGCAUAAGUGCAAUUAUAAUAUAGCGUAUAUAGAAUACUACAAAAAACAAAACAUGAACAGAAUCAAGGAUAAACAUUUUAAGGGGAUGGGUGAUUUAAGCCACAGUAAUAUAUAAAAGGAUAUAUAGAUAAUCCUAUGAAAGAAAGGCCAUACUUACAAUAUGAUUUCGUAGUAAGGCGUUGUGUGCCUCCAUUUGCUGAACAUGAACAUGAACAUGAACACAUAUUUCAACAGUAAGUCAAUGUGGAUGUGGCAGGCCUGGAUAUUAUACUGAUAUUGUAACACAAUAAAACACAUUUUAA